CACAGCAGCUGCAGCCUUGUCGUGGAGACAGACACGGACGCAGCUCGGUCGCGGCCGGCAUCCAACAAGUAAACUUCGCGCGCAGAGGCGAGCAAAAAAUUACUUGAUCGCGGUCUCCACAACUCCAUGGGCGAGACAUGCGGCAGAAUCUCCAUUGUCCUCUCCUCCACGGCCAUUGCCGAUCCCCACGCACAGUCACCGGAGCGAGAAGCCGACAAGGCUCCGGACAACACCGCGCUUCUCACCCUCGUGUGCCUGCUACGCGUCGCCGCCACCGCCCUCGUGGCCUGCAGCUUCGCCCGGGCGGCGUGGAGGGUGCGCGGCGAGCCUUGGGACCUGGCCUUCGUCGCCGGCUCCUGCGCCGUCCUCGCCGCGCUCUUCUGGUGCCUCCGCCGCGCCGAGCGGCUCACGCCAGCCUCCCCCGCCGAGGAGAGGCGGCGGCUGCAGGUCGCCGUGUGGGCGCUGUCUACCGCGCUGAGCUGCGCGUUCGCGUACCGGAUAUCGCUGCUCAUGCCGAUCGCACUGGUGAUCGUCAUCUGGUGCAUGACAUCAAUCGUCGUGCUCAUGGGUUUCUAUAUGCUAGUGCUCUUCAAAGACCAACAGUAUGAAGCCCUGGACGACGUCGACUGCGAUGCCGCAGCCGGAGACGGCCAGGCCUUAAAGAAGAUAAACAAUUCUGAUGAAUUGGUGUAGCAAGGGAAGUGGCUACAGAAAACAAUGAUAACGUUUUACCAUGUGGUCAAUAAUUUGCCGAAUAGCAACAAUUGUUAGGCUAGUAUUUUAAACUCAUUUGUAUACAUGUAUAUACACACAUUCCGAUUGUAUGUUUGCUCAUUCACCUUAUAAGAGAUGUGAGAAUCAUAACUAAGCAAGUGAAGCACAUUUUACUCUAAA